UAUUAUCUGUGGUAAUGUAAAAAGCAACGCGACCCCGGAGUCGUGUUAAAGCCGUGGUUUAAAACCCGGUUCUAGAAUAAAAAGAAGCGGGAGACAUACACCCCUCAGUCUGGGGAAAAUGGAAGGUGACGACUCGCUUAUCAGCCCCGAGCCCUGGUUCUUUUUGAAAACACUUGCGCUUGUUACAGCAGGAGGAGGAAAAGAGAAGAUAAAGUCACACUGCGAAUAUGGAGUGGAAACCUAUGGAAAUAAACCCGGAGGUCCUGAAUAAGGUGCUGAGUAAGAUGGGUGUGAAGCCAGACUGGCGCUUUGUGGAUGUAUUUGGUUUCGAGGAUUAUUCCAUUGCUGGGGUGCCCACGCCCUGCUGCUCCCUAAUGCUUCUCUUCCCAUUGACACAACAGCACGAGGAGUUUCGCUCCAAGCAGUCGGUUGACCCUUGCAAGGACGUCUACUUUAUGAGCCAGACGGUGGUAAACUCCUGCGCGACUGUCGGUUUGCUGCAUGCCGUAGCCAACAAUCAGGAUAAAUUCAGCUUCGAUGGUGAUUCAAUCUUGAAGAAAUUUCUGGAAGAAACAGCUGGAAUGUCUCCUGAUGAACGAGCCAAACAGCUGGAACAAAACAAGGCAAUCCAGGCAGCUCAUGAUGAAGUUGCUUCUGAGGGGCAGUGUCUUCCGGAAGCUGGCCAAGUAAACUUCCACUUCAUCGCCUUUGUCAACAAAAAUAGUCAGCUUCAUGAACUUGAUGGCAGAUUGAAAGGACCUGUGAACCAUGGUGCAACAAAUCUAGACAGCUUUGUCAUGGAUGCCGCGAAGGUGUGUCGUGAAUUCGUGGAGAGAGAGAAAGGAGAGGUGCGAUUCUCUGCUGUGGCUCUCUGUAAGGCCUGAACAUGAGCUAUGUUCCAGCUGUCUGGCCCAAAAGACCACCCCUUUUGUUUGCUUGUUUGCAAAAGUUGCUUAAUUGACAUUUCUUGUGUCUGCUUCAGUUUAAGUUUUCAGCUUGUGAUCUUAAUGAUAAGCUCAGAUUCUGGAUGCAGACUUCACCAGGAAACUUAUCUGGUGUAGCAUACUAUGCUAAUCUAGCUGUAAGAAGACUGGAUUAAAUGGGAGUGUUGGUUGGAUGCUGUACA